CCGCUUCUUCCUUUCUUCUUCUGCUUUUGCGCCCCGUUUGCCGUUUGCGUCAUUACGUACUGUUUACUGUUGUUAUUAUACAUUGUCAGAGUAUUUAUAUCUGUUUUAAUGAUUGUAAUGUCUAAAGAAAGUGAAGAGCAUAUCUUCAAAGUUCCCAACAUGCCAAUUAGAAGCACAGCUGCUCGUAAGCGACGAAGAGGUUAUGAAACAACUGAAGCUGUUAAAAGAGCGAAGCUCUGUGGAGAGAAAAAAGACAUUCUAUUGAGAACUCCUUGUGUUGUUGGUACAGCAAGUCCAUGCAAUGUGAGGAUUGGGCCCGACCAAAGAUUACAUCCAGUUCACCUCAUCGUUGUAGAACAGCUUGUGGAAGACAGUUUGUCCCAAUUGGUGCUAAUCAACCAGCUCUCACCCCAUUCAUAUGUCAACUACAUCAAGAUCAAGCCCUUAUCCAAAACUUGUUUGAAGAAUAAUGACAUUGUCAGUGUAGGCUAUGCAAAUUGGAAAGUUUUGAAAGUGGAGAACAAUCAGUUGAUGGGCAUUAGUAUGUGAAUGAAAUAUAGAUAUAAUCGAUGUUAUCAAUUUACCAGCCACCCACAAAGAUAUAUUUAAGGAAUCAAUUUACCAGUCACCCACAAGAUUUAUUAAAAGAAUUAGUCAAAUAAUUUGUUAAUCAA